AUGGGACACCGACGUUUCUUACAGCCAGAUCACAUGUGGAGAAGGAGGAAAGGGUUGUUCAACGGUAAAGAAGAUCAUCGCAUGCCACCAAGGGAUUUGGGAGGAUACGAUAUUCUAACUCAAUUGCAGAUGAUUGGGGAUGUGACGUUUGGCAAAUCUGUUAGGAAGAGAAAACGUACUGCCGAAGAGCUGAAUUGGACAAAGUGCAGCAUAUUCUACACGUUACCUUACUGGUCAACACUUCGACUUCGGCAUAAUUUAGAUGUUAUGCAUAUUGAGAAGAAUAUUGCCGAGAACGUCUUAUUCACUUUAAUGAACAGUUCAGGAAAAACUAAGGAUAAUAUCAAUUCAAGGCGUGACCUGGAGUUAUUGGGCUAUAGAAAAGAAUUACAUUUGAGGCGUGAAGGUUAUCAUGUAACAAUGCCGCAUGCACUGUACACAUUACAUGGAGAUGAAAGGAAGAAGUUAUGUGAGUGGCUACGCGAUAUCAAAUUUCCAGACGGGUUCUCUUCCAAUAUCUCGAACUGUGUUUCUACACGUGAUAGCAAAAUCACUGGGUUGAAAAGCCACGACUGUCAUGUUUUCCUUCAAAGACUACUCCCAAUUGCUGCAGGGGGGUUUUUAAGAAGUGACAUUGCCUUGACUUUGACUGAACUUAGCACUUUCUUCAAAGAGUUGUGCGCUCGCACACUGGAUGUGAAUCGCCUAUCCCAGCUCCAAACUGAUAUAGUCACCAUUUUAUGCAAACUGGAGAUGAUAUUCCCUCCCUCCUUUUUCGAUGUCAUGGUCCAUCUAGCUGUCCAUUUGCCCCAUGAGGCUAUACUUGGAGAUGUUGAGACGCGCUUCAAUCGAGCUGACCGCAACAUUGAUGCUGAUGAAGAGGAAACUAUAGAUGGAUUCCGAGUUUUUAACCAGAAAGUUCGUCCUUUGGGUAUAGCUUCCAAUGUGCAAUUAGAAGAUAAACUCUUUAAGGCAGCCAUAUGGGAACACUACGAGAAAUGUAGGGUGCAACACCCAAACAGCAUCGUGAGCACGCAUCAAACCGAGUUUGCAACUUGGUUCAAGCACUGUAUCCAGGAACAUCGUACCAAGAACCCGCUUGAUGUGUCAGCUGAUCUGUAUGCGUUGGCUUGCGGGCCUGACCGUUGGGUUGCAUCAUAUGAUGCAUGCAUAAUAAAUGGAAAGCGGUUUCAUACGAAGGGUCGUGAACUUCGCCGGCGUACACAAAAUUCUGGGGUUUUGGUAACUGGGGACGAGGCCACAAAUAAUGCAGACUUUUAUGGUUGUCUUAAAAAUAUCAUAGAGUUACGCUACAUGGAGUGGCGUCGGGUGUACCUAUUUGAAUGUGAUUGGUUUGACGUUGGUGAUCGAAAACGAGGGGUUCGGGUGGACGACCAUAUGAUUAGUGUCAACUUGAGCAGGACUUGGUAUAAGGAUGAACCGUUCGUGUUGGCAAGUCAGGCUGAUCAAUGUUUCUACAUAAGAGAUUUAAGGGUGAAAGGGAAUUGGGGUGUUGUGCAGAACUAUACAAAUAGGAAUGUAUACAACAUUCCGUCCAUGUUGAGGAGUAACGCAGAUAUUAAUGAUGGCGAAUCAAGUACCCAUGAGGCCGAUCAAGAAAAUGAGUCAUCAUAUUAUUAUGAACCAGUGCAGUGUGAUAACUCUGAUCCAGUGUCAACUCCACUGGAUCGGCUUGAUAUACCACCUAGCCAUAUUGAUGCACGGGAAGUCAUGCAUGUGGAUGGUCAAUGCAUAGAUUCAUCAGACUUUAUUAAUGAUGACAUGAUGAAUUCUGGCUCUGAAGAUGCGUGUAGUGAGGGGGAAUAUUCAGAUGAGGAGGACCUAUCCACAGACGAUGAUGUUGGGUCAGAUUAA